GCAGUAUAUAUAGCAGAGAUCUUUUCCCAGGCAGACAGCACAGACUGCUCAACUGUACCAGGACUCUCAGUAGGAAGGGACAGAAAAAGCAAGAUGAAACUUUCCACGGCCAUUCUUUUCUGCUCCUUGUUUCUGGGUGUCAGCAGCCAAAGUUGGUUUUCAUUCAUCGGUGAAGCUUUUGAAGGGGCCAAAGACAUGUGGAAUGCCUACUCUGACAUGAGAGAGGCCAAUUAUAAAAAUUCAGACAAAUACUUCCAUGCCCGGGGAAACUAUGAGGCUGCACAAAGAGGACCUGGUGGUGUCUGGGCAGCUAAAGUGAUCAGCAAGAUGAAACUUUUCACGGCCAUUCUUUUCUGCUCCUUGUUUCUGGGUGUCAGCAGCCAACGUUGGCUUACUUUCCUCAGGGAAGCUUCUCAAGGGGCCGGAGACAUGUGGAGAGCCUAUUCCGACAUGCGAGAGGCCAAUCAUAAAAAUUCAGACAAAUACUUCCAUGCCCGGGGGAACUAUGAUGCUGCACGAAGAGGACCUGGUGGCGCAUGGGCAGCUAAAGUGAUCAGCGAUGCCAGAGAGGGUUCUCAGAGAAUCACAGACUUUUUUAAGUAUGGAAACAGUGGUCAUGGACGGGAAGAUUCAAAGGCCGAUCAGUUUGCCAAUGAGUGGGGCCGGAGUGGCAAAGACCCCAACCACUUCCGUCCUGCAAAACUGCCUGAGAAGUACUGAUCUUCUCCCUCAUCUGCUCUCUGAAAGCCUCAGGAGGACAGAACAGCUACUGAACAAAAAUCAUUGGAUGCUAAAUUUCUAGUACUUGAUAGUUGAGAAAAAAGCAUAGAGAAAUGUGUG